AAUAAAAAAUUGCGAAUAUUUACGCUUUUACAGAUAAAACUAUUUUUUUUAGCUGACACCAACAUGCCUUUAAAGUUUGAACUGUGUCCCGGGAGGAUGAUUGGAGGCAACCAUCCGUGUUUUAUUAUCGCUGAAAUCGGACAAAACCACCAGGGAGACAUCGAGAUUGCCAAGAAAUUGAUCAAAAUGGCGAAGGACUGCGGUGCUGAUUGUGCCAAAUUCCAGAAAAGUGAACUGCAGUACAAAUUUAACAAACGUGCCUUAGAACGCCCCUACACGUCCAAACACUCUUGGGGGGCCACUUAUGGAGAUCACAAGCGCCACCUGGAGUUCAGCCAUGAGCAGUGCAGGGAGUUGCAGAAAUAUGCCAAGGACGUGGGAAUCUUCUUCACCGCCUCAGGACAGGAUGAGAUGGCUGUAGAGUUUCUCGAUGAGCUUAAAGUGCCUUUCUUUAAAGUGGCCUCAUUAGACGUCAGCAACUUCCCUUAUUUGGAGAAGACAGCCAAGAAAGGACGUCCCAUGGUGGUUUCCAGUGGGAUGCAGUCCAUGGAGACGAUGCGUCAGGCGUACAAGACAGUGAAGGCGCACAACCAGAACUUUGCCAUUCUGCAGUGUACCAGCGCCUACCCUCUUGAUCCUGAGAAUGUCAACCUCAGAGUGAUCAAAGAAUACAUGAAGGAAUUCCCAGAUAUUCCAAUUGGAUAUUCUGGCCACGAGUCUGGAAUCAGUAUUUCAGUGGCAGCUGUUGCUUUGGGGGCAAAAGUCCUCGAGCGCCACGUGACACUGGACAAGACGUGGAAAGGAAAUGACCAUGAGGCGUCGCUGGAGCCCUCUGAGCUGGCCGAGCUGGUUCGCUCUGUCCGAGUGGUGGAGAAGGCACUGGGUAGUGGCGUCAAGAGGAUGCUUCCUUGUGAGAAGACAUGCUAUGACAAGCUGGGGAAGUCUGUGGUGGCCAAGGUGAAGAUCCCCAAAGGAACUGUCCUCACUCUGGACAUGUUGGCGGUGAAGGUGGCCGAGCCCAUGGGUGUAGCUGCUGAGGACAUCUUCCAGCUGAUUGGCAGGGUUGUCACGGAAGACGUGGGAGAAGAUGAGAGUGUCACACCAGGGGUGGUGGACAGCUAUGGGAAGAAGGCCAAUUGCGAAUAUUUUUAAGACUUAAGUAAAGCACGUAAACGAUGAGGACAUUAUUCAGGUUGUCAUAGUUUGGUGGGUGAUUUGUUUUCAUAUUUAGUUUCAGUUACCAGGACAAGGGAAUGGUAAUUGUCCUCAGCUGUGACACUAAGCUAUUUGUCGUCUGUUCCUAAGGGAAAUCAUCUGUUUAUGAGUAAGUAGUAGCCAAAGUUAU